UCCAUAAAGCUGCUGCAUCUUUUUUUAAUUUAAAAGUAAAGCAUCUUAAAGGGGAAGUGUUAUGUGUUCCAGACUCCGUAUCAUAUUCUAGCACAAUCAAGCAAUUAUGCCGCCUUCAGUUGCUAUAAAAAUCCUGUAAAUAUCAAACAUGAUUUAAAAGAAAUUUGACUUCAGAACUUGAAGCCUUGAAAUUGGGUCCCAUCAACUAAACAUUCUCACUCUCCUACUAUUAACAUCUUUGUUAACAUAGAAAGUAAUCCUACAGCAGCUCUGCUUCUUCUGUGCGUCCGUCUUCUCAAACCCCAGUCAGUCGUGGCAGACGGCUGCUUUUACCGAUCUAGGUUCUGGUUCUGAUUGAUGUUUUGUUCUGUUAAAAUUGAGUUUUUCCUCUCCAGUGUCGCCCCAUGCAUUCCCGGUAUUUGGGGGUGAGGGUUGCAGUAAAGUCAAUAACACAACCCAAUGAUUGUCUACUGUUGCUACAUGGUCAACUGAGAGGAGUGAAUGCUUCAAGUCAACUUUUAAAAUGGAUUUGAAUAAUGAAUUGAGAUAAAUUGACUCUUCAGCAGUGUGACAUUUUAUUGCCAAGAGGCAAAAGAAAAAAUAAAUAAUUGUUUAAAUGUUCCUACUCCAGUUCAUUACAGUCCCAUUCUGUAAGAUACCUUGAUGUAUUGUUUUCCAGUUUCAGGCUAUUUGAAAAUAUGGCUUGGUGCUUUAAGAGCAGGAUAGGGUGUGUCCAUGUCACCUGCUGAGGUGUAUUCAUCCUGAAAAGACACACCCUGUGUAUUACCUCAACACAAACACCGAGGUUGUUUGUAGGAGCGGAUCAUCUGUGGAUUUUUUUUUUUACUUGAAUCACAAAAGUUAGAUCAGGUAGGGAAUCUGCCUUUUUUUCUCAAAUAAAGUCUCUGUGAAUUUGUUGCUUUGUAACUGAAAAUCAUUUUUGUUUCCAACCCAAAGCUUCAGGCAAGUUCGUUUGACUCAUGGAGCGUCUUAAGUUAGUCCUGCAGUAUUUCCAGUCCAACUCUGAGUCCAUCUCUAACGGGAUCUGCAUCGUCCUGGCUCUGGUCAGCGUCAAGCUCUACACCAGCUUUGACUUUAACUGCCCGUGCCUUCCUCAGUACAACAAGCUCUACUCUCUGGGAGUGAUGACGGUCCCGCCCAUCAUCUUUUUCUUCCUGGGGGUCCUCGUCAAUCGGCAUACGGGUGUUAUGAUGGACGAGUGGAUGAGGCCGGUUGGGAAUCGUUCCAAAAAUCCUGCGGUGGUGAAAUACCUGUUCUCUGCCAUGCUCCAGAGGGCCCUGCUGGCUCCCAUGGUCUGGAUCCUGGUCACUUUGUUGGAUGGCAAGAUCUUCAUCUGUGCUUUCAGCGUGAGUGUCGAUCCAGGCCUUUUCUCAGGUGUGCCCAACAACACAGGUCUGGAUGUGAUUAGGAUCAUGGCCAAGGUGCCCUGCAAAGAGGACGUUAUUUUCCAGAACAGCUCGUUCCGUAAAGCGGUCUCCCGAUAUGUCCGCUGUUAUUCUCAAGCAGUUGGCUGGUCCAUCCUCCUGUUCCUGAUCAUACUGGGAGCGAUGGGACGCCUUAUCAAACCCUGUUUUGAAGACCACGCCGCCUUCUUACAGACACGGUACUGGAGCAACUACCUGGACGUGGAGCAGAAGCUUUUUGACGAAACCUGUGUUCUGCACGCGCGUGACUUCGCCCGGAAAUGUGUGGUGCAGUUCUUCGAGGACAUGACGGAGGACUCGAUACUUCAUCUCCCACAUCCGUCCUUCAUAUCGAAUGUCAGCGAGAGGUGGGAGGAAGAAGAGGAGAGACUUCAUGGGGUGACGAGGCAGGAGCAGAUGGACCAGCUGCUCAACAAGUGGUACUAUGGUAAACCUGAACUGGAUGUAACCAGGAUUGCUCACAGACCCAGGCCGUGUGUGACCUGGCAGGACCCAGGAGGGAGGACUUUAUACUCGGAUGUUUAAGACGUACUGCGGUGUUUUGGUGGCUGCUGUUUAUUGCUUUGUUGCAUUUUGUCCAUGGAAGUACGACCUUACAAUUAGGGCUGGGUGAUUUUAUCGAUUCUGCGAUAUUUAUCAAUUUUUUUUUUCCUCGUAAAGUAUUGAUUUUCCAUCCGUGAGUAUCAAUACGUUAAAUCCUACUCAAAUCCCUUGUGUUCCCACUUGCACAUGUACAUUAAAAAUGACAUGUAACCAAACAACCUGUUACAAUUAAAUUGCAUUAUCUAGUAUAAGUGAAUAAGACAAAAUAUGUUCCUUUUCUGUAUUUGGGUGGCAAAUACACAAAGCCAACCAAUUAACAUUUAAACAAAACAAAUGUAUAACAAAAACAACAUUUAUUUCACCAGUAUUACACGAUCAGUUCAAUUAAUUCAAUCCAAGACUAUGGAACACAAAAUGUCACAAAAUGUCACCAAAAUCACCCUGGCCCUCUAAAAUCUUUCAGAAAAUUGCAAAAAUGUAUUGAAUCGUACCAUUUACUGAAUAUCAUGAUAUAUAUCGUGUUGUGAGCAGAAUAUUGUAUCGCAUCGUAUUGUGAGAUUAGUGUAUCGCUAUCCCUACUUAUAAUGGACCAGGUUGGAAACAUCAACUGGAGAAACCCUGACUUCUAUGUAGGACAUUUAAAUCAAUUAAUUGCCAUCAAUCCCGACUUAGAAAUCCAAUAUGUCUGUCACAACAUGCCGAUAAUAUAUUUAAUUGCACUGCUGAUAGUUUGUGUCUGAAUAAAUCUAUAGCACUUUGUACGUAAUCUGUUUCUGAACAGGCUUCAUCAGUGAUAGAAUAAUAAAAAAAAUUCUUCA